AUGGCUGUGAAAGCUCGGCGUGUAGCCGUAAUUGGUGCCGGGCCCUCAGGCGCAAUCGCGACGGAUGCCCUGGUCAAAGAGCAAGCGUUUGAGACCAUUCGGGUCUUCGACAGGCACCCCGUGAUCGGAGGAACUUGGGCCGUGCCAGUCCCCGCAGAGCUACCCGCGGAAACUCCCAAGUCCGAGGCCGUGAACAGUCAUCAGCUACGGUAUUCAGACUCGGCUCAACAUGAACAUUUGCAUAGCAACAUUAUCCCUGAAAUUAUGAGCUAUACGCAAGAGCCAUUCCCUGAUCAACUGUCUGAGCGAACCCUGCGGCAGUAUGGCCAAGGCGCCCCUUUCCGACAUCGCGAGACCAUCAGAGGCUGGGUCGAGAACAUCUUCGUCAAGAACGGGAACGACAAGUUCUUGGAGCUCGGCACUACCGUUGAAAAGGCUGUCAAGGAGGGAGAAGAAUGGGUGUUGACGCUUCGAAAGGAAGGCCCCGGAAAAGACUAUUGGUGGAGAGAAUGGUUCGAUGCGUUAGUGGUAGCGACUGGCCACUACAACGUCCCAUGGUUCCCAGAGAUACCUGGGCUGGCUGAGUACGACGAACGGUUCCCUGGAAAAAUCAUACACAGCAAGCAUUUUCGAGGUGCUGAGAAGUUCAGAGGAAAGAGAGUCAUCGUCGUAGGCGGGUCGGUGUCCUCACACGAGGUGCUCCACGAGAUUCUUCCGACGGCACAACACCCUGUCUAUGCAUCCAUCCGCGGAGAGCCUAUUGCCGCUUUUGGUUGGGCGCCGUUCAAACAUCCUCAUGUUUCGGUCAAAAAGCAGAUCAAUCGCCUGGAUCCAUUGACUGGAAAGGUCUCUUUCGCGGAUGGCACCGAGCUUAACGACGUCGACCACAUUGUGUUUGGAACAGGAUACACCUUCUCCUUGCCAUGGUUACCACACGUACAGGAACGUAUCAGCAAGGCUUACCGUCGACUGCCAGGGGUCUAUCAGCAUACCUGGGACAUUGAAGAUCCAACUCUGACGUUUGUAGGGAUGUGCUGCUGGCUUGAAUGCUCGGUCAAGGCCUCGCACGCCAAGAAGUCUGUGCGAGUCAACUAUUGGGCAGGGAAGAAGCAUGAUGGUGUCAAGAAUGGUGGUGUCAUUGUUGUGGGUGGUCAGCAAAUGCGCCGAAGCUUCCGGAGUGGCUAG